GCAGGUUGAAGACAUGAGCGGUGCCACCGUUUGGGCGGAGGAGGGGGACAUCGCCCCGGAGGAGGUGCGAUCUUCACCCCCUUGGACGGAGGAGCGCUGUGAGGAGCUGUGGGAUCGCGUGGAAGGAGUGCGACACAAGCUCACGCGCAUCCUGAACCCGGCCAAGCUCACCCCGUACCUGCGGCAGUGCAAGGUCAUCGACGAACAGGAUGAGGACGAGGUGCUCAACUCCACGCAGUACCCGCUGCGCAUCAGCAAGGCCGGUCGUUUGCUGGACAUUCUGCGCGUCCAGGGCCAGCGGGGGCUUCAGGCCUUCAUGGAGUCGCUGGAGUUUUACCACCCAGAGCAGUACACACAGCUGACUGGAGAACAGCCCACACAGAGAUGCUCCCUCAUACUGGACAAGGAAGGUCCGGAGGGUUUGACCCAGUUUCUGCUGCUGGAGGUGCGUAAACUGAGGGAGCAGCUUCGGAACAGCCGCAUGUGUGAGCGACGCCUGUCUCAGCGCUGCCGGAUGGCGGAGGACGAGCGCGGCCGCGCCGAGCGCAAAGCGCAGGAGCUACGUCACGACAGACUGCAGCUCCAGAGGCUGCGUCAGGACUGCGAGCUGGCCAGCAGAGAGCUGGGGAAGCUGAAGGACCGACACCUGGAGCAGGCUGUGAAGUACUCCAGGGCCUUGGAGGAGCAAGGCAAGGCCUCCACCCGAGAGAGGGAACUCCUGAGGCAGGUAGAGGAGCUGAAGUCCAGGCUGACAGAGGCAGAGCAGCAAACAGUCCGGGCUCCAGAGAAAACUUCACCAGCCAAAACAAACAGUUUGUUCUCUAAUGGAGUAAAUGGUUCUGCUUUACCAGAGAAGCCGCUGCACCACGCUGACUUUCACAAAUCUGAGGGGACAGAAACUCGGACGAGGGACUCAGUUCCUGCCACUGGAGUCAUAGCUCUGAUGGACAUCCUGCAACAGGACCGCAGGGAGGCUUCAGAGCAGAGACAGGAGCUCUGCGACAUCAUCGCCAGACUGCAGGGAGAACUGCAGAGCACUGAGCAGCACACGGACAAGCUGGAGUCGCAGAGCGAGCAGCUGCAGCUGAAGGUGAGGACUCUCCAGCUGGACUGGGAGACCGAGCAGAAGAGGAGUAUGUCCUAUUUCAACCAGAUCAUGGAAAUGGAAAAGGAGAGAGACCAGGCGCUGCGUAGCCGGGACAGCCUGCAGCUGGAGUACACCGACUGUCUGCUGGACAAGAACCGUCUGCGUAAACGCAUCGCAGAGCUGCAGGCCGACCUGGAGCAGCAGCAGAGGGACCUGGAGAGAGAGAGAGAGAGGGAGCGGAACCGGGAGCAAAUGGAGCAGAGCGGCCACUGCCUGCACUGUUCCCACCUGUCUCUGUGCAGCGAGGACCAGUGCUACGGCCCCUGCUGCUCCCUCGGCCUGGACCUGAGCCCCCAGGCCAACAGCAGCCACCUGGUGCUGAGAAAGACGCCGUCUAGAGGCCGAGCCAAUGAAAACUCGGAGGAUUCUUGUUCCAAUUCAGAGGAGAACCUCCUGUCUUCAACAGAAGACAAUGAAAAGGAAAUAAAUCGGCUCUCCACAUUCCCCUUCCCUCCUUGUAUGAACUCCAUCAACCGACGGGUCAACACAGAGUUCGACCUGGACUCCUGGGGCAGUGACGAGAAUGAUAACAUCACAGGUGAACACACUGAACCUUCUUCGUGGGAUUCCUGGAACUCCCUGCACUCCCACCUCUUCCCCCCUGACCUGGUCAACCUGCCCACAGUCUCCUCACACCAACCCAAUCCAAGUGUUCCCAGGAUGCCCCCCUGCUCCCCGUCUUCAAGCCCCCCCACCUUACCAAAGCACGGACGAGCCAGUCUGGCCGACGAUAUCACGAUAGUCGGAGGAAACAGAACGGGGAUCUUUGUGAGCCACGUGAGAGCCGGAUCCCCAGCGGAACAAUGUGGACUGAGGGAGGGCAGCGAGCUGCUGGAGCUGGAGCGGGUUCUGUUCGGUGGGGGCAGUGUCCUGCUGGGCCAGUGCACUGCUGAGGUAGCCCACUUUUCUCUGCAGUGGUGGAUGGAGCCGUCAACACUCAAACACCAGAGCAACCCAGAGGCAUACGCACAGCUGUGCUCCCAGCUGUCGUCACCGACCUUCAUGGGGGCGGACUCUUUCUACGUGCGUGUCAAUCUCAAUAUGGAGCCCCACGGUGACCCGCCGUCUCUGGGUGUGUCCUGCGAUGACAUCAUACAUGUCACAGACACACGGUACGAUGGGAAAUACCACUGGCACUGUUCCCUUGUGGACCCGCUCACAGCCAAGCCCCUGCAGGCAGGAACCAUGCCCAACUACAACAGGGCACAGCAGCUGUUACUUGUACGGCUACGAAAAAUGGCCCUGGAUCAAAAGGACUUCAAGAAGAAGUUCUUGAAGAAAUCAUCUGGCCGUGUACGACUGGUGAAGGCAGUGGGUCCCGGUGGCCGUGGCAUCGGUUCCACACAGCAGGUCCUUUACACACUCAGCAAACGUCACGAGGAGCACUUGAUCCCUUACAGUUUAGUGCAGCCAGUGCAGGUUCAGACGAAGCGGCCAGUCAUCUUCUCCCCGUCUCUCCUCUCCCGUGGUCUCAUAGAGAGACUGCUGCAACCAGCAGAGUCUGGUCUGAACUUCAACACCUGCCCACCAGAGCCGAUCCAGGCCUCCGAGAGACGAGACAAGAGCGUGUUCUUGUUGGACUCCUGCAGUCCGGAGGAGGCUCUGGGCAUACGGCUGCAGUCAAUACAGGACGUCAUUAGCCAGGACAAACACUGUCUACUGGAGCUGGGGCUGCCCAGUGUUGAAGGCUUACUGAGACAGAGGAUUUAUCCUAUUGUGAUCCAUAUCCACCCCAAGAACAAAAAACACAAGAAGCUGAGGAAGUUUUUUCCACGGUGUGGGGAGGACUGCGUCAUGGAGGAAGUGUGCCAGGCCGAGGAGCUGCAGCUGGAGACGCUGCCCCUGCUCUACUACACCUUAGAGCCCAACACCUGGAGCUGCACCGAUGAGCUGCUGGCAGCCAUACGCAAUGCCAUCCACAGCCAGCAGAGGGCAGUAGCAUGGGUGGAACUGGAUAGGCUGCAGUAGAGGAGAGAUAAAGAGUGUGUGCUGUGUAUUCAAAGUGCAAUCUAGACUCUAGUCUUUGAGUAAAGAAUCUGGCAGCAGACCACGGUCAAGUCUCUGUAGAGGAUUAACGUUUAGGGGUUAGAUCAUCCUACUAUAAGUGAGUGAAACACCAUCAACUUUGGAUUUAUCUGGAAUUUCAAAGGAGGUCAGAUCAGGUCUGUGUGCAUGUGUGAAAACAGAAAAUGUAAUAAUUCUCAUCUCUAUAGCCGAGCUGGACUGGCUACAAUAGGAGAAGAGUGAAAAACAAAAUUAAAACUAAAACAGAUUUGUCUUUCACAAGGACGUACGUGUCAGUGGAGACUUAUCUGGAACUAGUAACAUGAAUUAUGCCAUGUUUCCUUUUUUCCAUUCAGACAGCUUACUACACAUAAAGGUUUAUUAUACGAGUGCAUUAGGGUUCAGGAUCAUACGAGGGGCCCAUUUUUUAAGGCAUAUGGGUCAUUGGUCAUUGAGUUAUUCUGUGAGAUGAAAGUCAAGCUGCGAGGACACAAAGAGGGACAAAGGGUGAAGGUGAAGCAGAUCGUAAUAUGUUGUAGGUAGGAAUGUAGGGAAAAUGCAAAUAUGCUCAUCCACACUUUGUAUUUGCAGUAAAGACCAAUUCUACAGAUCAUACUGAAAAGUAUCAAACUGAUAUAACCGUAGUUUUAUUAGCACUUAAAGAGAAAAGCUGUUAAUUUCUGGAUAUUCUUUAGCUGGGCUAUGAAUGACUGAAGGUCAGCUAGUGCUGCCUUUUUAUUUAAACUACUUUGUACAACUGAAGCUUUGGUUCACUAUGAACAAACGGUUUUGUUUUGUUACUGCCAAAUUUUUAUUUUUUUUUUCCUUUUGUAACCAGUUUAAAGAAUAAAUUGAUACUAAAAGAAUUGAGCUUUACUUCACUCGUGCGCUCAAAUACACUAAAUACUGGAUCUAAUUGUUUGCUUUUUAUUGAAAUGUAACCGCAUACAUUUAGACAUCACUGCAGUCACUGGAUUCAGGAAACUCUACUAAUAAUCUGAAACAUAUAGACAAAGAU